AUGUUAAAUUAUUUAUUGCUAUUCUCUGUUUUCAUUAGAUUUGUAGAGAAUUCGGAAUCAAAUUGGAAUCCUAAAUAUUUGGAAUUUUUGGAAAAUCAAGAUCGAUUGAUUGAUGAUCUUUACGCAAAAUAUAGUUCAAAACGAGCGCCGAUUUAUACAUUAGGUUAGUAUCAAAAAUAAAUGUGUAAGGUUUUCGAAAAAAAAUGAAUUCAGAAAGAGGAAAUGGAUCUGAUGCAAUUCCAAAGUUUGUAGUUACUAUGGUUUCUGGAUAUCUGAAAUUGAUUGAAGUUUCAAAUCCAGAAGAACGUGCAACUUUUGUUUUUGAUUUCACGGCGGUAGGAUUUUGAGAAAUAGUUUUUGUUAAAAAACAAAAAAAAAUUUCUUGAGUCGUGGGAAGAUGCUCGAUUAUCUUGGAAUUCUACAGAAUACGGUGGCAUUAGUUAUUUAUAUCUUCCAAUCACCGAAGUCUGGGUUCCAGAAAUUGCAAUAGUUGAUUGCAUAGAUAUCAAAACUUUAAUGUCAGAUGAAAUGAAAAAUGUUUUGAUAAAAUCGGAUGGAAAAAUUGCAUUUUAUCAAAGCGAAGUAGUUUCAGUGGUUUGCGAAAUGGAUGUUUAUAAAUUCCCAAUGGAUAAACAUACUUGUGGUGUGAGUGUUAUUUAUUAUAGUUUUUUGCCUACUGAAUAUUCAAUAAACGCCUCAUUUGGUGCAAUGGUUAGACCAAUUAGUGAAGCUGGAAAUGGUGAAUGGCAAGUUGAAUCAAUUCAAAUGGGAUAUGAACUUGUAUCAGAUAAUAUAACAACAAUUGUAAUCCAUCCAAAAAUUAAGAAUUUCGGAUUUUCUUUCUAUUUUCAGAAUAAAUUUCAACUAACAAUGAAAAGAAAUCCAAGUUUCUACGUGGUUCUUGUAAUACUCCCCGCCUAUUUCAUAAACCUUUUGAGUAUUGUUGCAUUAUUUUGCAAUAUUGAAAAUCUUCCCGAAAAAUUUCAAGUUGGCCUAACUAAUAUUAUGUCAAUGAGUUUUAUUAUGGUAAUUCUUGCGGAUGAUCUACCAAAAACCAAAAAGAUACCACUUUUAGGUGAACUGCAUUUUUAAACAUUUCCAAAAAAAAUUAUCACUGUUUCAGCAAUUUAUGUGUUGACAAGUUUGGCAAUAAUAUUAGCUGCAAUGGUGGUUGUUGUGAUAAUUCCAAAAAUCAAGAAUCGUAUGCGGUAUUUUGAGAAAUCUCGCCUCAAACUCAAACUCGAACACAUAAUAAUGAUAAUUUUCCAAAUUGCAAAUUUUAUCAAUUUUUUAGUGUUGUUUAUAUAAAUGGAUAUGUGUAG